AUGGAUGCACAACAGCUGUCAUCCUCACUGUAUGACUCUCAUCGACCAGCCCGUCCGCCAUUAUCCCACUCUUCUUCGCGGCAUUCCAACACACAACACACGUCUACAUCUCCUACAGCAGUCGAAAGGCCCGCACAUCGCAGAUCAUGCUCCUCUGCAAGCUCCGAUCACAACGCGCAUCUCACAUCCACUCCACCCCUUCCUGAACGACCGCCCCGGCGUACAUCAUCAUCCUCAAUCAAACCAAUCUCCGAAUUCGAAAGUCCACCACCUAACAGAAGCACUGACAGUCACAAGCUAACAAGGGAGAAGCUGAGAGCACUAGAUCAUUUUUCGAAGCUAGGCAGGCGAAACAAGGAGAAGGCAAAGCCUGAUUUCCCUCCCUCUUCAUGGGCCCCAGGUGUACCCACCACUGAACCCUCGGGCUCGCAUAGGCGCAGGGCGUCCGAGGCGAGCGCUGACCUUGCCUCUGUCGAGCGCGCGGAUUCAAAGCCGCUUCCGCCUCCCCCACCUCCUUCGGAUAAUGAGGGUGAUAUAACGCCUACCAAUGACAAGAGAGGGUCGUCCGAGCCCAGCACCCCUACUGUUGGGAGCUAUACUCCCCCAGAGCCCUUGACGCUUGCUCGACGGAUUCAAACUCUUCUGUUAUCUAUGCCUUCAAUAUCCACCCCCGCUAUCACAAUCACUACCGUCGCGCCCGAACAGGGCCAGGAUGCAACUUCAUCUCCACCCCCUAAUGUCCCCGUUAACCUCCACGCGAUAGAAGCUCCUGGUUCCGACCAGCCGUCCCCCUCUUCGCCGCCAGUGUCUUUCUUGCCGGCUGCACUCACUGACUAUCGCCUCCUCUCUCUUCUAUCAGAUGGGAUGAUCAUGAACGGUUCUCUCGAGAAAGGUCGACAGUCUGUAUUCGCCAUACUUGAUCGGCUUCACAUUCCUGGUAUGCACUCCGCUGUCUCUCCCGAUACACCACUUUCAGAGCGAGCCAAAGAAUCGGGACAAUACAGUGACGACGAUUCGAGUGUGAUGCUGUAUGGGCCGCUUGUGCCGACGGACGAGUCGGAAGUGGAGAUUGCGAGGUCGGAUAUCGUCAGCGUCUGCGAUGAUGGGGAGGAAGUGUUAGAGUUCGAGAGGCCGGCGCAUAGGGUAUCAAUGCUGGUCCCGUUUGAAGAAUACUCUCGCCGGGACUCAUCACAUGGGCACAACGGUCAGGUUUUUGGUGGCAGCAAUGACAAUGGCAAAGACGGUGGAAUACGACGGAAAGAGAAUAGGGCACCAGAGGAAGAGAAGGGCAAAUCCGGAGGUAAAAGCGUCACCGAACGGAAAUGGUUCGAGGCGUGGAAGGACAAGGCUCUUGAUAAAACCAAAUGGAAAGGAAAAGGGAAAGUCAGCGCGACAGAGGCGGAGGUGGAGUCGAACUCACUGCCAGAUCAGAACCAGGGCGUUUCCCCGCCCGAAGAGUCAGAGGCGUUGAAAAUAGAGGAAAUUACUCCACCAGAAGAGAAGGUAAACGAACUGGUGCAGUCGGGAUCAUCCAGAGAGAAAUUCACGAAGACGAGGGUGAUCUGGGUACCUAGUGGCGACAAAAUUUCGUUUCAGGCUACGUGGUGGGGCUAUCGACUGUGA